GCAGAAGCUACCUAGGUAUGAACGUCUCAUGCAUUAUUUACCUCGGCAUUUUCAAGGCGUUGUGAAUCAUUUCACAAGCCCUGGAUGUACUGAGCUCAAAUUUCGAUCCACCCUAUACCUGCGUAUGCAUUAUCAAGAACUGUGGAACUCCCGCGAUAAAAGGGAGUGUCACCACGGACCAAUUCGAACCAACCGAGAGCAUCUGCGUGAUAUCAUGUCCAGGGAGAACCAGGAUCCUCAGCUUCCCUGGGCAGAGCCGGCCUGGCUAAAGUCCCUGGAGUCGCCUUACUAUAAUGAAUCCCACAGGAAGCUCCAAGCUUAUGCCAGGAAUUAUAUCGACCGGAAAAUUAUCCCUCAUCAUCUCAGAUGGGAGGAGGAGGGCGAUUGCCCAGUUGAAGCAAAGGCCGACUACAUCAACUCCGGGCUGCCCUUUGCAAAUAUACCAGCCGACUACAGGCCGCGCGGACAUGAGCUCGUGGCAGGUAUACCAGUUAAUACUCUCGACGUCUUCCAUUUCAUGAUUCUCAGCGAUGAAAUAGGCCGAAUAGAGGGGGGCGUCGGUAUCGCACUGGGAGGAGCGAAUUCCAUUGGCGUGCCGCCCAUAAUCAACCACGGUACUGAGGAGCAGAGGCGCCGAUGGCUGCCUGGACUAUUCACGCAAGAAACCAAUUUUUGUUUGGGCAUUACAGAGCCCAGCGGUGGCAGCGACGUUGGCAAUAUUCGCACCAAGGCAGUCAAGUCUGCGGACGGGCUCAAUUACUUAGUCACAGGCACCAAGAAGUGGAUCACGGGCGCACAAUGGGCAUCGCAUAUGACAACAGCAGUUCGCACCGGAGGCCCCGGGAUUCAAGGCAUUUCGAUGCUUGUGGUGCCUCUAUGCUCAGAUGGGGUCGAAAUCGACAAAAUAUACAAUAGUGGUCAAAAUGCCGGCGGAGCGAGCUGGGUGCGUAUGAGGGAUGUUCGCGUGCCGAUCGCGAAUUUGCUUGGACAGGAGAAUGAGGGAUUCAAAUACAUCAUGACCAAUUUCAAUAAGGAGAGGUUUCUCAUGGCAAUUCUUUGCAACCGCAAAGCUCGGACCUGCCUCAGCACAGCAAUGCAGUAUGCAUACACCAGAGAGACCUUCGGCAAGCCCCUUAUCUAUCACCAGAUCAUCCGACACAAGAUCAUCACGAUGGCUAGGGAGGUGGAGUCGCACUGGGCAUGGUUAGAACAGAUCGCUUAUCACAUACAGAUGCGAGGAUGGCAGAACGAUGAUGUUGCGGGAAGAAUUGCUCUGGCAAAGGUGUCAGGUGGUAGGUUGCUAGAGCAUGCCGCGAGAGAGGCGCAACAAACCAUGGGUGGAGUCGCGUACCAGAGAAAUGGGCCUGGCGGAGGAGGUCUCGUCGAGCAAAUUACGAGGGACCUGAGAAUGAUGGUCGUGGGAGGCGGGUCCGAGGAAAUACUUGGUGAUCUCGCCUUUAGGCAGGACAUAAAGGCAGCGCAGAGGCAGUCGCCAAAGUUGUAG